AUGAUUUCAAAAGUUAGCCAAGCAGCAAGAAUUGCAAGAAAUAACUCAUUACAACAAGCUAAUCUUGAUUCAUUUUUUAUCUCUAAUUCUACUAACAAUAAUAGAGAUAAUGAAAUGAUAGAAGAGACAGAUUUUAUGUUGGAAAUAA